UCUCUGCCUGCUCGCCUGUCCAUAUCGAGGCCUUUGCAGCAACCAGAUGGCAAGCAGGCGGCCAACGUUGCGAGACGAUCUGUUUUAAUCACGACCCCGGACGAGUGGAUCAGUAAUCCUUCUUCAUCGUCAAGACGCCUUUUGCGACCCCACCGGAUCGUGACUCGAUCCUCGGCUUCUGAAAAGCACAUUCUGGACUCGCUCUAACACUGGGAAACGUGUGGGAACGGCUCGAUUCUGGCGAUACUGUCCACAUCCAGCUCCGCAGCCGCAACGUCACGACCUCCGGCGCCAUCAUCGGCGCUUCAACUACAUCAUGGGGGCCGUGGUCUCUCGAAUACUCUUCCCAUGCUGCUUCCGAAGCGAGUUUCGGAUCAUCCCACUGAGCGAGUCGGAGGAGUCGCAGUUCCAGCAUGGCGAGGACUCCAAGGACAGUGUGCCAACAUCGGCGUGGGAAGAACGCACGGCAGUGAUUUCGCCUCCACGGAAGCGACAACCCCGCCAAUCCCGGCAGAAGCGAGUUUCGGUGCCCCGAGUUAUCCCACCGAGACGGAUACUCGAAAAGAUCCUGCCCACUGAUUCCGAGGGGCCUCAUUCCGAAACGAGCUUGGAGGUUGGCUCUUGCGAAAGCAAGCUUCCAGACCAUGGCGACGAGCAGCAGUCCGCGGCAGCAGCAACAACCGCAGCAUCAACAGCAACACCAGCAUCACCAUCAAUACCAACGGCGGCAGCAACAAAUACAGCAGCAGCAUCGGCCAUACGCAAUCGCCCUCCUCCCGGGCCGGACCAUGUCCCGUCGCAUCCGCUCUCGAAGCUCGAGUCACUUCCAUCCGCCGUCCUUGUGCGGAUACUGCAAUUCCUGCCUGCAUUCUCGCUGCUGACUGCAACCCACAUCUCCAAGACUGUCCGGGCCCAGAUCGAGGCCACCGACCGAGAGCUAUGGCUGCCGCACAUCAGCAAAGCGCUGCCCCUCCUUCCGAACUUGAACCCAAAGUGGAUCACAACUCCAGACGAGUCGAUGAAGAAGCUCUUCUUCCUGCACUGGCGGUGGUCGCGGCCGAUGACCUUUGCGAAAAAAUGCCUCGUUGUGCAGACCUUUGAGCAGAUCCGCCACUGCCUCCCCGACCGCCGGCAGAGUCUCCUGUACGAUCUGCAGCGGCAGCGGCGAUUGCGUGGCGACAGCGAGAGCGACACGCUGCUUGCUGGAGAGCCCAAGAAACCCACGGCGGUCAAGCUACUGUCUCAGUCGAUCAUCAAGGCCGUCGAUACAUAUCAGCCGCCCAUGUCGUUUUCGCCGCAGGCUCGGAUGUGCGACAACUCGAUCCUGAUCAAGAUCGGAAUGCGGAUCUACUUUCUUGACCCCAACAAGAUCUCGGGUGGGCUCAAGCCGAUCCACAUCGAAGACUGGGCCAGCAAGGGGGCCUCGCUCCUGUCCUUUGAGCACCCCAAUGCCCCGACACACGUAAUGCGCUCACGGAGCUCGGCGCUGGAGGGCACCGAGUACUUUUUCGACUUUCACGCUCGGUCAUCGUGGCUGCCGAUUAUCCAGGUUGAGCCUGCAAAGACACUGCUGUUCUCUGACCCUACCAAGCCGGUCAUACAGCUGGACUACCCGCCAUCGGCCGUUCCCACGGCAUCGUUCCUGGCGUGGCCAUACUAUGCAACAUAUACCACCACCACCGAGAACGAGCCCUCCAAAGUGAACCUGUACAUCCUCUCGGAGCCGUCGCCCACGGUCGGGAACAGUAUAAUCCUCCAGGAUCACGGCAAACCUAUCCAGGAUCACAGCAAGCAUAUCGCCAGCCAGUCGCAUUCGACGUCGGUGACAUUGCAGCUGGCGACAGCGACUGGCUCGCCGUCUCCGAUGUUAAUUGGGUCCUUUGCCGACGUUCCGCCGGAUGUGCUUGGGCAGCCUGUGGCCCUGACGCCGCAGUUUCUGGCCUACCAAGCGCAUGUGAGUCCAUUCUCGUUCUUGAGCGAGCGCGAGACAAUGGACGACAUUGCCAGCUCGAUCGUUGUCCGGGCCAUCACCGACGACUUUCCCUCGAUUGGAACCCUCUAUAUCCCCACGACGUCGCCGCUGCACCUGUGGCUCACACGCACCCACUUGCUCAUCGGCAGCCGAGAGUUCAUCACGGCGAUCCAUCUCGGCUCGCUCAAGGCAUCAUGGAGCCUUGACCUCGACGAGAUUUUCGGCGUCGACGAUCGCCGAGACGUCUCCUCGCUCUCAGUCACAGACGACGACGAAGCGAUCCUGCUGUGUCUGGCUGAUGGGCGGCUGUUUGUCUACGACCUCUGGAACCAUACUUCCGUGCUGUUUCAGUCGAAAGAGUUUUCCGAGCGGGAGAAUCCACCAUCGCCAGGAAGUUCCGAGGACACCGACCCCGACACCGCGACAGAGGGCUUUUGGGUGGUGUGGAGAGACACAUGGCUGCUGCAGAACAAGCACAUUGUGACAAGAAUCGAAGCUGCGUGGAAGACCGUUGCGAUACCACCUUGAUUUGAAAUGGCUGGCUCUGACGCGGAAACGACCAGGUCUAUCGACAGAGACAUUGCCGUCUGUUGUUGGCUGCGAGUGUGGUCCUUGUUGAAUACACCGAACCAAUCUCCCCAGAC